AAAAGGUCUGUGACCGUGAGGGGAGGUGAUUUCAAUUCCUGUUAAGUGCUGUAAAGUGACAUAAUAUAAAGCAUUGGUGUGAAGACACAAGCCUCUUCAGACUUCACGCAACCUUUGGAUUUGGCAUUUUCCAGAGAACUGUCGCACGAAACUUUGGAAAUACAAAGAUGAAAGUAUCGGUUGGUGUUUCUCUGUUCCUGUUGUGCUUUGUCAGUCAUGUAAAAGCGGUCACUGUUGAGUCAUAUCCACUGGCCACCGGCAGCCUGCUUCGGACAGAGGUUGAGAAAACUGUUACUCUGACUUGUAUGACUGAUGAAGGUAUAGACCCAUCUACACAAAAAGAACUGCAGUGGUUCCGUAAUGGUGUGCGGGUGAACCUGGCAGAAGAAAACCGCCUGUACCGGAGUAGUCUGUGUGUACAGCCUGUCACUAAAGAGGACAACGGAGUCAUCUUUACCUGUCAGCUGAAGGGUGAUGCAAGUAUGAACAGCUCCAUCGAGUUUGACGUUCAGUAUCCCCCAGACCUCAAUGACACUAAGGAAUUGUUUGUUGAAGAAACAACUGAUGUUGUUCUGUCCUGUGAUGUCCGUGCCAACCCUCCUGUAACUGUGGCUUGGAAAAAGAAUGGUGAAGUUCUGGAUCUGACCUCUGGUAGUUACAAAACAACCAGUAACGGAAUUACUGCCCAGUUAUCAAUCACAAAAGCUAAGCGUGAUAUACAUCAAGGAAUGUACAUCUGCGAAGUAAACUCAGCUGUCUAUGGAAUUAUGGCCAGGACAUUUAACAUUACAGUUGAAGAUAAAGUGCUAAGGUUCCCUCUAGGACCCACAAUUGCUGGAGUGGUGGUGAUUUUGUGCACAAUUGUAUUUGCAAUAAUUUCUAGGAGGAAUAAAAUUAAGUGCGGCAAAUCAAAUUGAACAUCUCCAAUGGAACUGCAUCUCAGGAAUUGAAACCACAGCUAUCUGAGAUGUUGAGCAUUGAGAAGGUCAGACUGGAAUAGUCAAGUAACCAUUACUGGACUGGCAUAUGGGACAGCACUCUUAAACAUAAAUUAGUCAUUCAAAAACAAAACAUCUCCCUUUAUUCCUGCUUAGCUUUUCGUUAAACAACUCUUUAUACUCGUGAUUUUUUAGAUGAUUUCCUUGUGUGUUUCUUCUCUGAUUCAUAUGCUAUUGAGAAACUGCACUAAAAAUCAUUAUACUUUGUCUCUGAGCCAGCAAAGACACUCCUAGAACAUUGAUGGCUGUUUGUUAGAGACACAGUAAAAUAAUCUCAUUAAAGUGAAUUGCAAGAUAUUUUAUAAUCUCAAGGACAAGAUUUUUGUGUAAAUUGGCCUGUUAAAUGUACCUAGAAGUCAUUAACCUUUAACCAUUCAGUCAGAUCAUGAGCAAUAUGUGGUUGUGAUCAUAAAGAAAUGCAGGGUUGCCAACUUUUAAGUUCAGUGUGUGUG